AUGACAAUAGAGAGCGAGCGGGAACUAUCGCCUUCGGAUUUUACCCCUUCGGCGACAACACCGUGGCCGACGGGUAUGCCCCUGAGAUAUGGAGGGGCCGAGAGCGGUAGCAGUAGACGAGGGAGCGUAGAGAGCAGAACGGGAGGUGUGCCGGAGACGCCUGUGGGUACGCCUGUCGGGGACCUUUUCACUGUGGGUCUCGCGAUGGCGAUGGGAAAACGGACUGGAACGAUGAGGGAGAUGAUUGAGAUGGACGAGUCUGAUAUGUCGACCAGGUCUCCAGCGUCCUUUGGUUUGUCGAGGUGGAGGGGUGGCGGGCGCGGGAGUCUGAGGAGGAUGCCGAAUCUCGAAAGUAGAUUCAUUGGACGGAGUGUGUGUGCUGAUGAGAUGACUGACGCAAGGGGACAGUUUGGCAGGAUCGUUGAGAUUGUGGAUGAGACUGAGGAUAUCGAGCACACGACCUCUGAUGGGAAUGGCAGUGUCCAAGUAGUUUUCGAGAGGGUGUUCGAGGUUGACAAUGAGACUGAGGAGGCCGUUGCACAAACAGUCUCCAGGCCGAGUAAGGUCGAAAAGAGGGUCACUGCCGCGAAGAAGUGUGGGUUUCGAGACGGAGGAGAUCAUGUUCAGCCGAUUUCAUGGUGGAAUUAUCCCUGGUUUGUUCUGAUGCUGGUUCUUUUCAUGCUGUUUGUUCCGAGCUUCAAGGAGAUUAUCUGA